UCACAAUUCACAAUCCGCAAUCUUCAUUCCACAUCUACAUCACACAUUCCACAGGCUGAUAAUACAAAUUGACAAAACAAACCAAUAAAGCAUCAAAGUGAUGCCGAAUUCUCGUUUCGAUCCAAGUAUCGCAUGCGCCUCCUUUCUCUAUCCUUUCAAAGGGAUUUGGUAUUUCUGCACUGAUCGACAAUUCUACCCUCUUUUUGGUAGACGAUUGAUUCCCUUAACCAUAACCUCAAUUGUUGUUCUCGGUCUUCUAUUCACAUUCACUUAUCUGCCGCAAGUAGCAUUUCUAGCUAUAUGGCAUGGACCUGGCGCAUGGUUUAAUGCAGCAUUUCUGGUCCUCGGUGAAGGCCAAGUUAUAAUUGCUUUGUUGUUUGAAGCAUUAUUGGUGGAUGAGACGCUGGUGGAUAUCUUCGAUGUACGCACCCCUUUUAUACGACCGGCAGGACUAACGAGAUCAUAGGCUACACUUAUUAAAGAAGGUCUUAUAAAUCUCGUCUCUCCAUCUCGAAUACUCCAUCGCGAUGCCCCGAAUGAAGUCAAGAUGUUGGGGAAACCCACUACUUCCGCCGUUUACUCCCCUUUCUCUUUUCGCCAAAUAGCAGAAUUCAUAAUAUUUCUCCCUCUUAACUUCAUACCUAUAAUUGGAACGCCCUUUUUCCUACUCCUAACGGGCGCUCGCGCCGGACCUUUACAUCACUGGCGGUAUUUUAAAUUACGAGGUCUGACGAAGAAGGAAAGGAAAAGAGAGAUCAAUAGCAGGAAGUGGAAAUAUACAUGGUUUGUCAUUUCUCUAUAUGAAUUAUAGCGAGAUGCUGACAAUAAAUAAGGUUCGGAACAGUUGCUUUACUCUUACAACUUGUGCCGGUGCUUUCAAUGUUUUUCCUCUUAACUUCAGCUGUUGGAUCAGCUUUAUGGGUGGUAAAGUUAGAGGAACAGAAGAGAUUAAAUGUGGCAGAUAGGUUGGUCAAUGAUGCUGGUCUUCCUAAUAAUGAAGGAGAGUUUGAGCCACCAUACGUUGAUGACCCGGUAUAAAGUUUUAAUAAUAUUCCCAUCUUACUCGACCUUUAAUACUUAGAUAAUACUCAUUUUUUCCAUUAGCCUAGCAAAAGAUUCUUCUACCUCAAUUUAGGAAUUUCCAAAUACCAGAAUAUCUCCAUAGUAAUAGCUUAUAAAUUAUACCUUUUAAUCAU